GUUAAAUAUGAAGGCAGUGUGACGUCAUCUUGUACACAAACUCGGUCUGUCUGGGUGGAAUAAUUUCUCUUGGCUGUUGACGAAGACCACCACCACGACAUAAAGGUGUGAGUGGAUGGAAAGGAACAUUAUGGUCGCAUCAGGAGGCCAUCCCACACAAGAGGCAGAACAAUUCCUCACAACUGUACAAUAAGUCAGUUCAGUACGGUAUUAGUGAACAUCUUCAGGAGAACAUUGUAAGCAAGAUUAAGGUAAAUUGUCAACUCUCCAAGUCUUAAGUUAUAAAUAUGAAAGUCAAGUUGGUGUUCUAGGAAACAGUGAGAAUAAAAAGAAGGUUCACACAAGUGAAUCUUUCUCCUGACAAUACCAGUUAAGUGAUGCACUGUGUUAUAUAUUGUCUAAUUACAGUAUGAUGAGUGUUGCAAUGUUUCUACCUAAACAACUACCUUGUGACUCUUGUGCUUGUGUACACUGCUGAUAAAAGUUUCAAUAUAUAAAUGUGACAAGUGUUUGUCUGCUGUACUGGUGAGACAAGUUCACUUGUGGUAAAUAUUUCUCUCACAUCAGUUAGCUCAAGAACGACAUAUAUAUGCAGAAUUAUUAAUGCAAAUUUAGUUGUGAAGAGUGGAAAACUUUUUAUACAAUACAAAGGUUACCCAAACGUGUGACACUGAAGGAAAUAUUUUCUUGUAUGGAGUGUUGUAAAGUGUGUAAAAGAUGGCCCAGUUUAUGAAUCAAAUAGCUGGACAUAACCGCCAAAAUAAUUAUGUGUGUGUACAGUGUGGUGAAUUAUUUUACAGUAAUGAUUCAUUGAAGAUGCAUACCUGUAUGGCUGAACACACUGAUGAGAAAGAUAUAAAGUGUGAAGAGUUUGAUGAAAGCUUUAACAGUGACUAUGAUGUGACACAACAUGUGACUGUUGAUGAGAAAGAUAUUAAGUGUGAAGAGUUUGAUGAAAGCUUUAACAGUGACUAUGAUGUGACACAACAAGUAUUUGAGGACCUUAAAGCCAAGGCUCCCAGUGGAAGUGAUAGUGCUGUGUCAGUGUUUAAGGAUACCAAGGGGUGGUUUACUGGUUUUAGAAAAAGGAAUAAGUUACACAGUGUUGUGAGACAUGGUGAAGCUGCUAGUGUAGAUAAGGAUGCUGCUAGGGAACACCAUGACAUUUUUUUAAAAGUGAUUCAAGAGGGAGGCUUUGUUUCGCAGCAAGUGUUUAACUGUGACGAAACUGGACUCUUCUGGAAAAAAAUGCCUCGCCGUACAUACAUUACAAGGGAGGACACUUCUUUUCCUGGCCAUAAACCAAUGAAAGACAGGCUUACCCUCCUUUUUUGUGCUAAUGCUUCUGGUGACUGCAAGGUAAAACCACUCCUCGUUUACCAUGCAGAAAACCCUAGAGCUUUAAAAAACAUUAGGAAGAACCGCCUUGGUGUUAUGUGGCGGUCAAACCCAAAGGCUUGGGUGACCAGGAAACUUUUCUCUGAGUGGGUGAUUGAGGUGUUUGGACCCACUGUUCGGGAUUACCUCAGGGAGAAUAAUCUUCCUUUAAAAGCUCUAUUGAGAGAUUUUGAAGGCUUUGAAGAGUUAGAGGAAGAGGCUGUUGUGCAAGAAAUUGUGUGUCUGGGCAAUUCCAUGGGCCUGGAAAUGGAUGAGGAGGAUGUUGAAGAGUUGGUGGAGGAGCACAGGAAGGAGCUGUCCAUUGAGGAGCUGCUCGAGCUUCAUACUGAAAAG